AUGUUAUAGUUCCAUAAUCUUCAGGAUCUGAGGCGUUCUGCUUCACUGGUAACCAAGGUUUUCAUUCAGAGAGACUACAGUGAGGGCACCAUCUGCAGGUUUCACACCAAAUUUCCAGUCGAGCUUGACAAUAGGAUUGAGCGUACGCUGUUUGAGGAUACUGUAAAGACACUCAAUAACUACUACGCCGAGGCUGAGAAGAUCAGCGGUCAGUCAUAUCUGGAGGGUUGCCUGGCCUGCGCAUCAGCUUACAUUGUAUUUCUCUGCAUGGAGACACGUUAUGAAAAGGUCAUUAAAAAGAUUUCCAUGUACAUUCAGGAGCAGAAUGAGAAAAUCUAUGCACCUCGAGGCCUGCUCAUCACUGACCCAGUUGAGAAGGGCAUGAGAGUGAUAGAAAUCUGUGUUUUUGAGGAUCGCUCCAAUGGCUCCAGUUCUAGUGGAAGCUCAAUAUCUGGCAGCAGUGCUCGGUGA